CCUUGCAACAGCCCUCCUACUCUCAAUUAGUUUCUCUCGCAACAAGCGUGGGUGAGAUCUCUCGGUGCCCGGCUAGCUACCCAGGUAGCAGCGGCGGCAGGCAGAGGCGGGCGGUUUGCCAUGGAGGAGCACAAGCCGCUGGCGGCCAUGGUCGUGGUGCAGUGCAUCUACGCUGCCAUGGCGCUCUGGGCCAAGGCGCUGUUCAGCGGCGGCAUGAGCCCCAUGGUGUUCGUCGUCUACAGGCAGGCCAUCGCCACCCUUGUCCUCGUCCCCAUCGCCACCCUCGCCAACAGGAAGAAGCUAAAGGAGAUGGUGUGUAUCGGAACGACAGGCUUCGCGCUGGUGUUCGUGGCCUCUCUUGUUGGGGCGACGACGAAUCAGUACCUGUACUACCAAGGUCUGAACUUGGGUUCAUCUUCCAUGGCGACGGCCAUGACCAACCUCAUACCUGCGAUCACCUUCGUCAUGGCAACGUCGGUAGGGCUAGAAAGCGUGGAGAUCAGAAGACCACGAAGCAUGGCCAAGAUAUUCGGCACCGCCGUCUGCGUCGGGGGCGCCAUGGUCAUGGCGUUCUACAAGGGUCCCAAGCUGCUAAACCACUCGCUCGGCGCUGGCGGCCUGUACGAUGUGCUCCUCCACUCGUCGGCGGGCCGUAACUGGGUGAUUGGGGCGCUGCUCCUCGUCGGCAGCAGCUCCUGCUGGUCGCUCUGGCUCAUCCUGCAGGUGCCUAUCUGCAAGUCGUACGUGGAUCCCCUGACGCUGUCGGCUUGGAUGUGCUUCCUGUCCAUGGGGCAGUCGGCGUUGCUCACCUCCUUCGUGGUGCCGGACCUGGACGACUGGAAGAUCCACUCGCUCUUUCAGCUCAUGGGCUGCAUUUUUGCCGGUGCGUUUGGGUCAGGCGUGACGUUCUACCUCCAGUCGUGGUGCAUAACGGUGAGGGGCCCUCUCUACUCGGCCAUGUUCAACCCCCUCUGCACCGUCAUCACCACCGUGCUCGCCACCCUCAUCCUUCACGAACAGCCACACGCCGGAAGUAUGUUGGGUGCUAUCGCUGUGGUUGCCGGGCUAUACAUUGUGCUGUGGGGCAAAGCAGGCGACAGCAAGAACCAGCGGGUGCCCGCGGACACCGUAGAUCUGGAGAAGACUCUGGCACGGUCGGAGUCGCAGCUCGACGCCUCCAGUACCAUCACGGAGCCGCUUCUGGCGGAUGGCAACCUUACCGAAAAGUAGAGGCUAUGGUACAAUUUGAAAUAUCAAUUUCUCGGCUCAAGUCCUAUGCGCGGCUUGGCUGCAGUGUGUUUAUGGUGGAGUCCGUGACGAUGGCCAUGAUCACACCACUAAGCUAUGCGCUAAUAUACCAAAGAAAAAGGCUUGCAUGUGUACUUGUGGGCUGUGGCACACAAGGAAAGGGUAUAGGAAGUUCGUGCUUAGUAAUUAGUACAAUCUCAAUUGUAUUAUUGCCGCGCCAUGGUUUUGAGUUCAACAACAGGACCACGCAGAAACUUGAGAGGCAAGCAA